UAUAGGACCUGAGAGCUGUACCUCCUAUUUUCUCGAAACACAAACAGGCUUUUCCACCAAUCAAAUAACUAAAAAAUAAAUUAAAAAAAGAAGCUAUUUUUUUCCUUCAUCUCUUCUCUUCCUAAUUUCAAUUUGAAUGUGCAAAGCUCUCUCUCUCUCUCUAUCUGUCUGUGUCCCUCUCCUCAGUUUCGUCUCAUGGUUUUCAAGUUAAUGUUCGCGCAAGUCAAGUGUUUGUAGAAAGGUUCUUGUGUCUCCUUAAGUGCAGGAUUUUGCUCUUCCUGGACCUUAUCUGCAGAUGUCUCACACAAGUAUAUUAUAACGAAUUUUACAAUGGAUUACCAAGCAAAGGAAGAUGGGAUACCUAACAGCUCGAGUGUACCUAUAAGUAGUGAUGCUUUUGAACAUACAAGAAAUAGUAAUGGUGAGGCCCAACUUAAGCAGCAGGUGGAUUUGGUGGUAUGGUUAAACAGUAUUCUUCCUAAUUUAUGUUUGCCAACAAAUGCUACAGAAGAGGACUUAAGAACUUAUUUGAGCAAUGGCACUGUUUUAUGCCGGCUUUUGAACAGGCUGAGGCCAGGUUCUGUGAUUGAGUGUGGAGGUACUGAGCAUUCUCGCUCAGAAAAUAUAAGAAGGUUUUUGGAAGCUAUGGAUGAAAUGAAAUUGCCCAGGUUUCAAAUGUCAGACCUAGAGAAGGGAUCCAUGAAAUUUGUUUUGGAGUGCCUUCUCACACUUAGAGCUCAAUACAUGCCACAUAGUGGUCGACAUAAUCUUCCUAAGCCUAGCUCACUCAAUAAAUGUAGAAGUGAUGUUAGUACAACAUGGCAACUUCUAGGACCAUGUUUUCGAGGCAGUGAUUGUUCUAGAGGGGGAGUAUCUCCUCAAGUAGAUUCUCCCACAUUAUCUGGAGAAGAUAGUUGGAAGGGUGCUUCUCGCUCAAAAUUUCAUCGCUGUAUGAGUAGUCCUGUCGUUGCAGAGGCGUCAGCUGCGUUGAAACAUCAUGCAAGACAUGAGUUCCAUGAAGUGUUUCAGUUGAAACAAGGAUGCUAUGCAGAUCUUCCUGAUGAGAAGAUUUCUGAAAUGAUGAAAUCAAACAGUUUGGAUAAUGCACCGACUCAGUCUCUCUUGAAUCUUGUCAAUGGAAUUCUAUAUGAAAGCGUUGAAAGCAAUAAUUGGAAAAUACCUCCUCGCAUGGCAGGUCUAUUGAGAAAAGUUAUGCAGGCGAUUGAGCGACGUAUAUCUGCUCAAGCAGAACACUUGAGAAAUCAAAACAAUCUUUUCAAGUCUCGUGAGAAGAAAUACCAGUCAAGAAUUAAAGUACUUGAAGCCCUUGCAAUUGGGUCUAGUGAAGAGCCAAAUAUCUUUGAGUACAACCAUAAAAGUGAUUGUCAGCAAGAAUUUCAUAGCCAUUGCUGGUGGCCAGCAUUCAGUUUCAAGAGAUCUUCAGACUCGAUCAAAAUGGAAGAAGAAAAAAAGAAACAUGAAGAACAAGACAUCAUUAGAUUGGUGAAAGAAAAUGAUCAGAUUAAUCGUGAAAAGUUGGCGUUGAAGCAAGAACUGGAAUUGGCUAGGAAAGCAUAUGAAGAUUGCUGCGUAAAAAUGGAAACAAAAGCUAAGGGAGCUGAACAAGAGCUUGAGGUGAGGUUGAAGGACGUUAUGCACCUCCUAACAGAAUCUAGGAAAAGGGUAAACGAGCUUGAGGCAUAUUCUGAGUCAAAAAAUCUGCACUGGAAGAAGAAAGAGCACAUCUACCAAAGAUUUACAGAAUUCCAGCUUGGUGCACUACAGGAAUUGAGGCUUGCUUCUCAGUCAAUCAAGCAGGACAUUUUGGAAACACAAAAGAGCUAUUUGGAUGAAUUUCAUCGCUUAGAAAAAAGUUAUAAAACUUUGGUAGAUGCAUCAGAAAACUAUUAUGCAGUUGUUGCGGAGAACAGGAAGCUGCAUAAUGAGGUUCAAGAAUUAAAAGGAAAUAUUAGAGUUUAUUGCCGGAUAAGGCCAUUUCUUCCUGGACAGAUGGGGAAGGAGUCAACCAUAGAGCAUAUUGGUGAAAAUGGGGAGCUAAAUGUUCUAAACUCCUCCAAACAAGGAAAAGAUGGUCAUCAGUUAUUCAAGUUUAAUAAGGUCUAUGGUCCAGACACAACUCAAGCGGAAGUGUAUUCUGAUAUCCAACCUUUGAUACGAUCUGUUCUUGAUGGAUAUAAUGCAUGUAUAUUUGCAUACGGUCAAACUGGUUCAGGGAAAACCUACACAAUGACUGGUCCUGAUGGAGCAUCUGAAGAGGAAUGGGGUGUCAAUUAUCGAGCUCUAAAUGACCUUUUCCAUAUUUCUCAAACUAGAAGAAAAAUAUUUGCGUACGAAAUUGAGCUUCAAAUGGUAGAAAUAUAUAAUGAACAAGUGCGUGAUUUACUAUCAAGUGAUGGUUCCCAAAAAAAACUUGGGAUUUUGUCUACCUCCCAACCCAAUGGGUUAGCUGUCCCUGAUGCUAGCUUGCACCCGGUCAAAUCAACCUCUGAUGUAGUGGAUUUAAUAGAACUUGGAUUGAGAAAUAGAGCUAUGGCUGCCACUGCCUUGAAUGAAAGAAGCAGUCGUUCACACAGUGUUGUCACUAUUCAUGUUCAUGGGAUAGAUAUGAAGACUAGUACUUCGUUGCGAGGUAGUCUUCAUUUGGUAGAUCUUGCAGGAAGUGAAAGAGUAGAUCGCUCUGAGGUAACUGGUGAUAGACUCAAGGAAGCUCAACAUAUAAACAAAUCUUUGGCUGCCCUUGGAGAUGUCAUCUUUGCUUUGUCACAAAAGAGUCCUCAUAUUCCGUAUAGAAACAGCAAGCUCACUCAAGUCCUUCAAAACUCUCUAGGUGGUCAUGCGAAGACCCUUAUGUUUGUGCAGCUUAAUCCUGAUUUGCAUUCAUAUGCCGAAACUACAAGUACCUUGAAGUUUGCUGAGAGGGUCUCUGGAGUUGAAUUAGGUGCAGCACAGAGCAACAAACAGAAUGGGGAAAUCAAGGAUUUAAUGGAACAGGUGGCAUCUCUCAAAGACAUAAUUGCAAAGAAAGACGAGGAGAUUGAACGCUUGCAACUUCUUAAAGAACCCAAAAGUGUUCACCAACAUGUCAAUAGUGAGAAGCAUGUGUAUGGAUCUUCCUCUCCCAGAAAAAAUUUCAUAGGUGGGAUUCCUCCACAAACCUUAAAAUUGUCUGGUGGGAAUGGCUCAGGACUUACUGAAGCUGCUUCCGAUCACCACAACUGCUUAGAUUAUAGUGAUAAGGAUUCUGAACUUAGUCCUCGGCAGUCCUUUGACAUGUUUAAACACCAAAAGGAACCUGUCAGGCAAUCAAAACCUGCCAGAGGAAACAGAGGUCGGAACAUUUCUGUAGAUUCUGAGAUCUUAGGAUUUGGUGAUACAGAAAAUAAGGACACAUUGAGUGGCAUAUCUUGUAGUGGUCUUUCUGCUGGACCAGACAUUGAUCGCCUUGCGGAGUCAAAUCAUUCCUCUAAAGGUGUGAAACCAUUGGAGAACACAGACAAGGUCAAAUUUGCGCAGAGAACUCCCAGAGCCCCACCAAGACCACACAAGAGCUCAGCAAGCUUGAAAAAAUCUGCUAGUGGAAGCAGUCUAUCAGGGUUAUCAAAAUCUUCUAGUGGAAGCAAUUUAUCAACCAAGGCUUCCAAAAGGUGGCAAUAGGAGGUAAUAUUUGCACAUAUUGAACUUCAUUUAUUUAUUUUUUUCUUUUUUAGCGGCUGUGCUAAAUUCAGUCGGUUUUGAUUGUUGUGAAGUGUACUGAGUUCUCCACCUCUCUUUUAUUUUCAUUUAUUUUUUAUUUUUUAUUUUCUCGUUUCAUUCCCACAACAGGCAGUUCUAUAUUAUUUGCUGUGAAUUGAUAAAUUUUGGAACUGUAAUGUAAAUUAUUGUAAAAAACAUUCUUUCAGAUCAUGUUCAUAUUCGAGCAAGCUGAAAACAGAUUUUAUUAAACGUAAUAUUCUCUCUUUGUUAUCUUGUAAAACGAACUAAACUACUUGAGUUCGACUCGUUAUUAUUUUGUUUUAGAUCUACUCGUUAUAUAAA